GGCGACUUGCAACACUGGCUGCGAGGUGUGCUGUGCGAAAAUCAUCUGUGUUCUGCAAUUCUCGUCUCUGUAUUAUUACAAUAGUUUAAAGCAGACAUCCUUGCCAGUCAAUCCGAUCCGCAAUGACGAACGAGGACGUGGGCACCCACAGCGUCGCAGACCGCCUGCAGGUGGGUCCGCGCGAUGGCGUCACCUAUCCGAUCCAGAUGAAGUAUUGCGGCCACUGCACGAUGCCCAUUGAGUACUGCGAGUACUAUCCGGAGUACGAGAAGUGCAAGGACUGGCUGGAGCGCCACAUGCCGGAUGACUUUGAGCGUCUGAAGAUCGAGGAGGAGGCAGCUGCCGCCGACGGCACGGAUGACGACAAGAAGCGCCAGAAGCGCGGCGGCAAGGGACUGCUACGCGUCAAGAAGAAGGAGGACGUGCCCAAGCGUAUCUGUGUCUCCCGGGCUGCCCGCGGCAAGAAGAAGUCUGUCACCGUGGUGACAGGACUUAGCACUUUCGACAUUGAUCUCAAAGUGGCCGCCAAGUUCUUUGGCACCAAGUUCGCCUGCGGCUCUUCGGUGACCGGAGAAGAUGAGAUCGUCAUUCAGGGCGACGUCAAGGAUGAUUUGUUUGAUGUCAUACCCGAAAAGUGGGCCGAAAUCGACGAGGACGUCAUUGAGGAUUUGGGCGACCAGAAGCGAACAUAAAUAAUUUAAUAAAUUUUUUAGCUUACUUUAUACGCUACAUCAAACAUAAAAAUAUGAAACGUUUAACGUAA